AUGCAUGCAACGCAGCCGCUGAUUUGGACAGCGGGCCACGCGCUGCACUUCGGGAAGGAUGCCAACAGCAGCGGCGCCACAUCGUUUGUCGCUCGGUACAAUGACGGAGCAGAGGAGCGCGUCAGCGUCGAUGUGCAGCCCGUGCCAGGCAUAGACCUGAUGCUGCUGAAGGGGUCCAAGGCCAGCGUCAAGCCACUGGAGGCUGGGAACGCGGCGCGGGGCGACGCAGUCUACGCGCUUGGCUGCAGGGCUGGGUCCGCGCAAGUCAGCAUGGAUCGCGGCAUUGUGUCUGCAGAGAACGUAGGCGCGUGGUAUGUGACAGCUGACGCAGACGCGGGCUGGUCGGGCGGGCCCGUGGUGAACAGGCAGGGCAGGCUCAUAGGGCUGCUGGUGCAGGAUGGCGAAGGCAGGCGCAUCAAGUCCUUGCGCGUUGUGACUUCUGAUAUGUGCCAUGCAUUCGCUGUGUUACAUGCGCGGCCCGGCAUGGUGGGAUGA